CUCUUGCAGCAGCCAGGCUGUGGCCUGAAAUCUCCAAAGAGCCAGGACAAGCAGCGUCCACUGCAGGUUCCAGUGUCAGUGGCCAUGAUGAGUCCCCAGGUGAUCACGCCACAGCAGAUGCAGCAGAUCCUCCAGCAGCAGGUGCUCUCCCCCCAGCAGCUCCAGGCCCUGCUCCAGCAGCAGCAGGCUGUGAUGCUGCAGCAGCAGCACCUGCAGGAGUUUUACAAGAAACAGCAGGAGCAGCUUCAUCUGCAGCUUCUCCAGCAGCAGCAUCCUGGCAAACAAGCUAAAGAGCAACAACAGCAGCAGCAGCAGCUGGCUGCCCAGCAGCUCGUCUUCCAGCAGCAGCUCCUGCAGAUGCAGCAGCUCCAGCAGCAGCAGCACCUGCUCAACAUGCAGCGGCAGGGCCUGCUCUCGCUGCCAGGGCCCGCUCCGGGCCAAGCUGCCCUGCCCGGACAGACCCUGCCCCCACAAGGUGGUUUGAGCCCAGCAGAGCUCCAACAGCUGUGGAAAGAUGUGACCGGAGGAGGCGGCGGCCACGCCAUCGAGGACAACGGCAUCAAACACAGCAGCAGUGGCAACGGCACCUGCGUAGGCGGCGGCGGUUUGGACCUCUCCACCAACAAUUCCUCUUCAACUACCUCCUCCUCCAAUUCCGCCAAAGCAUCGCCGCCCAUCACUCACCACUCCAUCACCAACGGACAGUCGCCUGCCCUCAACCACAGAAGAGAGCGUGAAAGGGAAAGGGAGCGAGAAAGUUCACUACAUGAAGAAGUCGGAGGAACCCACCCCCUGUAUGGUCAUGGUGUGUGCAAGUGGCCCGGCUGUGAGACCAUGUGUGAGGACUUCGGACAGUUUUUGAAGCACCUAAACAGCGAGCACGCCCUCGACGACCGGAGCACAGCUCAGUGUCGAGUCCAGAUGCAAGUCGUUCAGCAGCUUGAAAUACAACUUUCUAAAGAGCGAGAGCGUCUUCAAGCGAUGAUGACCCACUUGCACAUGCGGCCCUCAGAACCCAAGUCAUCUCCCAAACCACUCAACUUGGUGUCCAGCGUCACCAUGUCCAAGAAUCUGCCCUCAGCGUCGCCCCCCAACAUGCCACAGACCCCUACCACGCCCACAGCCCCCAUCACACCCAUGGCUGCCAUGCCACAGGUGCCAUCGGUACUGGGAGGGGCCAACGUCCCCAGCAUGGGUGCCAUGCGCAGACGCCACUCGGACAAAUACUCCAUGCCUUUGUCGUCGGGUGGUGACACAGUAUUUAUUUUUCCAGAGAUUGCCCCAAACUACGAGUUUUAUAAGAACGCAGAUGUCAGACCACCGUUUACUUAUGCAACCCUCAUAAGACAGGCCAUCAUGGACUCUGCCGACAUGCAGCUAACGCUUAACGAAAUCUACAGCUGGUUCACGCGCACGUUCGCCUACUUCAGACGCAACGCUGCAACCUGGAAGAACGCCGUUCGCCACAACCUCAGCUUGCACAAGUGCUUCGUGCGUGUGGAGAACGUGAAGGGGGCGGUGUGGACGGUGGACGAGAUGGAGUACCAGAAACGCAGGUCGCAGAAGAUCACAGGAAGUCCGUCUCUUGUGAAGAACCUGCCCUCCAGCCUUGGUUAUGGAACUGCACUAAAUGCCAGUUUACAGGCUGCCUUGGCAGAGACCUCCCUGCCUCUGCUGGGGACCCCCGGGCUCAUGAGCAGCGCCGCCGGCCCGAUGGGAGGCAACUGCCACGGCCUGCUGGGCGGAGACCUGUCCAUGCCAACUGGAGGAAGCCCACCUGGACUGUUGGGCGGGAGUCCACCAGGCUUGCUGGGUAUCAGCCCCCCUGGUACGUUGAGCGGCAGCCCCCCCAUUAUGUUGCAGUCAGCCCAUGAGGAGCUCAACGGCUCAAUCGACCACCUGGACACCAACGGACACAGCAGCCCUGGAUACUCUCCUCCAGUACACAUGCCACCUGUUCAUGUGAAGGAGGAGCCGCUUAAUAUGGACGACGACGACUGUCCGAUGUCACUUGUGACGACGGCCAAUCACAGUCCGGAGCUGGACGAUGACCGGGAGCUGGAGGAAGGGAACCUAUCAGAAGACCUGGAGUGAUAGACUGUUUUAUGUUUUAAUUUUUUAUUUUUUGGUCGCCGUUUCCCUUCAAUCCGACCGCACUGUUUCUCUCACACAGACCUGCAAAACAAAAAAAAUAAAACAAUAACCACGUCACUUCAAAAACACCAACCAACCACAGCUCUUUAUCUCUCACCACUGGGACUAUUUAUUGAGCAUGUAUCCGGAUAGAGACCGAUCCAAAGGAACUCUUCGUCGCAGAGCUUUGGGAUUCCCAAACAUGACAGACAUGAGAUGUCUGUCGUAAAGGAAACAAAAACAAACUGAGACCUGCUAUAGUUGAGGUGGCGUGGCCACGCACAGUACACGGAUGAUGAACUCAUGGAUGGGGGGUAAGAACAUGAGACAAAUAAGCAAAUCAUGUUCUGCUGAAAGCUAGCGGCCUCGUAUACUGCCAAAAAAAGGAAGACAUUUUAUGUUUGUGAAUAAUCCGACCCACAGUAGUUGUUAUUGUCUAGAGACAAUUGCUGGUUCAAUUCAAGUUGUUGCUCUGUUAUCAUUUGCACAGGAUUAGUCUCAGAAAAUUGUCACUGCCUGUAUGUUGCUAUUAUUAUUAAUAUUAUUAAAACCAGUGUAUCCGUUUUAGCAUUUUUAUUUUUCAUUCCCAAAUGUUCUGUUUUUAGGCACCACCAAUUGUAAAUGCCAUUCCCUGAGUCACACCAGUAACCAAAUUGCGAUACCAAGACUGUUGUUGCAACUGUCCAGACAAACAAAAACAACAAAAAAAAAGAUGGCUUCCAGUCUUAUGUUUGUGAUUAAAAAAGUUUGAAAAGAACUGGAAUCGGGGGAAACUAUAACCAUUUUACAAAACAAAUGCAUUUCUGCUUAAUGUCCUUUUCUUGCUCGUCUUACCUCGGCGUUUUAAAGCUUUGUCUACCUGCAAACAGUCACAGGCAACAGCUAGAAACCAAAGCCAACACUAGCAAUGGCCAAUAGCUUAUAAACAGAAGCACCAAACUCCUCUUGGUCCGCCUUCUGUGACUUUAAACUCGUUCGAAGAGAAGCUUUCGUUCUGCAAACUACCUUUUGGAUUAACCUCUGGGAUUGUUUCACUUAGCCCUAUACACAGUUGAGAAGAAGAGCAGAAACAAAUGCUGGUUUUAUUCAUUUUUUCAUGUGUGAUUUGAUCAAAUGUCCACCUUGGGGGAUCUUCUGCCAGGCGUACUGCAGAUAGAAAGCAUCGUUUUUGUCGACCAUAACCAAAAGGCUCAACAGAAGUGCGGAAACAUUGUGCUCUUUUUUUAUUUUUAUUUUUAGUUUUUAUUCCGUUUUUGUUUCGCCACUCGCGUCGGGGAGUCUUCGUUUUCUGUUCUGCUUGCUUCGAAGCCGGUGUGUUGUUUUGGGCGGAGAUGCCGUCACGUCUUUUACUUCCGUGGCGCUCUUCUUUCCGAGCCGUGUCGAAACUGAAAACGUCGCUAACCAAACAUGAAAUAUAUCUAGUGAAGCCAAAUAAGUCCUGAUUUCAAGGUAAUAUGAAAUGAUGUGACUUGGUUACCACGGGGGGGAAACAAAAAAAAAAAAAAAGCAAACUGUAAGAGCCAUUUCAGAAGAGGAUAUCAAAGGUGAACCUUUUCUAGGUAUUUGCUUUAAUUUAAGCCCUCAACACGCGGAGUGGGCGCCACGCUUUCUGAACGGUCUCGGUCCAGCCGGUGUUCCGCUCGGACGAACCAGCGUUUUCUAUCGGAUUCAGACUUUAGUGGAAACUGCGUCGCGUCGUGUUCCUCUCAAGACUGUCAUCUAGAAAAGAGUUGUUGCUUUAACGGUCAUUUCUGUUUUCAGUAAACCAAAGUUACACAAAAUUCUGCCUCCUCUUGUAUGGGAUAAAGAAAAACAACUAUGUCGGACUCUGACGCACACACGUUCUCCCAUGCUUUGUUUUCCGUCGGCAGAAAAUGUAUGCUGUCAAAGACCCGGCGUGGCUUUUGUGUCGCGCUUUUAACGAGCAACGCGUCUGCCCGCUCUGACCAAAAUGGAGACACUGUGUUUAUGUUGCUUUCUAGCCCCGUUGCAAGAAGCUUGACGCACAGACACGUGCAGUACUGUACGAACACACACGGAACAAAACGCUUAUUAUCCCUUCAAUACUGAGCUGGAGUCAGCAAAACGACUUGAAGACGACAAACCUAAUAAACUUAUCUCACCAAAUAAAAAGGACGAGGCGUCUUUCAAAAAAAAAAAA